CGCAGGCAGUGCGCAGGUUGUCAGGAAAGAGGUGGGCGUUCCUCUAUGUUCGUUUGCUGACUGUUGAUGCUGAGAAGAUUUUUCUGCUUCCAGACACGCUCUCCAGAUGUUUCUCCCUACGCUUGUAGAGGACAUGCACCAUUUUAAACCAAGUCGAGAUCGACUGUAUACCACUCGGUGUUGCGGUUGUUGCCACGUUCGAACGGGGACCAUCAUCCUGGGAACAUGGUACAUGGUGGUCAACCUGUUGAUGGGCAUCCUGCUGACUGUGGCUGUGACCCACCCGGAGAACGUACCCACUAUUGACUUGCAGUAUGAGGUCAUUGACCAUUACUUCGCCUCUGACAGGAUGUCUGAAAAUGCCUGUGUUGGAUUUGCCAUUUCUCUGCUGAUGCUCACUAUCAGUGCCAUGAUGGUGUAUGGAGCCAUUACUCACCGUGAUGGCUGGCUCAUCCCGUUUUUCUGCUACCAGCUGUUUGACUUUGCUCUGAGCUGCCUGGUCGCCAUCAGUUCUCUCACCUACCUGCCCAGGAUCAGGGACUACCUGGACCAGCUGCCGGAUUUCCCAUACAAGGAUAAUCUCCUCUCUCUGAACUCCAGCUGCCUGCUGCUCUUUGUUCUGGUCUUCUUUGCCUUCCUUAUCAUCCUCAAGGCUUAUUUGAUCAAUUGUGUGUGGAACUGCUACAAGUAUAUCAACAACAGGAACAUGCCAGAGAUUGCUGUGUACCCAGCUUUUGAAACUCCUCCUCAGUACAUCCUGCCAACUUAUGAGAUGGCAAUGAAGAUGCCAGAGAAGGACCCACCUCCCCCUUACAUGCCAGCCUAAACACCAGCCCUGUUGCCAAAACAACACACAGCCAUCAUAUGCAUUCCUACAUUUCCUCACUAACCAUUUCUGAACACCAUUAUGCCCUUAUCCCCCCUUUCUGACUCACUGUGUCUGUGUUAGGCCUCUGAAGGUGUUUUCAUUCAGCCUUUCCAUUGUAUUACUUUAGAGUGUCUAUAAAGCAUCCCGGAGAUGUGAGAGGGAAAAGGUGGGGAAACUUAGGUCUGUGUGAAAAUGACUGAAUGAAUGUGGUUUGAGAAUGAUUGAAGGAUCACCUCCACCCUUUCCAGCCUACACCCCUAAGCCUUUUUUUAUGUCUUAGUAAAAGGGAUAUGUGAAAAUUAAAUAGCUUGAAAUGUUUUCAUCAGUCCAGCAUCAUCCUAUCAAUAGAUCAAUAUAUUGUAUGAAGUGUUAAAAAAAAAAAGAAGAAGAAAAAACUAUGACAAUCCACUUAUUAGUGCUCUUGUUGUUGAAUUGUUAUGGUUUUCCCUUAUUA